AUGGCUGAAGAGGACAUUGCGAAAACUGCCGUAACAACCAAAACGUUCCAACGAUUUAUAGACUCAGUUGUGCGGGGGCUUGCUUUUCUCUACGCCUGCAUCGACGACAUGCUCGACGCAAGCCCCGACACUGAAACACAGCGGGCUCUCUUCACAAGGCUGCAAGACCAUGCCAUUGUCAUUAACGUGGCGAAAAGCGAAUCCGGCGUUAAGAAGCUCAACUUUCUCCGCCAUCACCUCAACCAGCAUGAUAUUCUUCCCCUGCCAUCCAAGGUCGCCGCGAUUCACGACUUUCCGCAACCAUCAUAA